AUGUCGUCGCAGAACACGUCAAGCUCCGGCUCCUCUGGCAACAGUGGCGGUCAAGAUUACACUAUAACCAGCUCCGGCACCAACAGCCAAGGAAACCAUUACUGCACUCGUGACUACGGGUCCAGCGCCUCCAAUCCCAACUCUUACCACUACUCCAACACAAACGGCUCGUACUACUACAGCAACCCUAACGGCUCGACGUACUAUAACAAUGGUCGAGGGGGUGCAUGGUACAACCCCGGCAAGUAA